AUGGCGGGCGCGGGGCGGCUGGAGGAGCUGGAGCUCAGCGCCGAGGAGGCGGAGCAGCUCCAUCGGGCCUUCCGCGACGAGCAGUUCCGGGCGCUGUUCGCCGAGUACGCGGCGGAGCUGGCCGACCCGGAGCAGCGUAGGCUGUACGAGGAGGAGGUGGCGGCCCUGGAGCGGGAACGCGGCGUGGAGGUGCGCUUCGUCCACCCCGCGGCGGGCUACGUGCUGCGCACCAGCCAGGCCGGCUCCCGCCGCUGCUACCUCAACAUCUGCAGCAACCCGCACAUCGGGGCGCCGCAGGCCCGCGCCGAGCCCGGCGGCCACCGCUGGGCCCUGCCCUACAGCCUGGCGCCGGGCCGCGAGGAGCUGGGCCGCGGCGGCCACCGCCGCCUGGUCUACGACGUGGUUUUCCACCCGGCGGCGCUCCGCCUGGCCGCCCGCAGCCCCCGCUUCCGCCGCCUGCUCAGCGACACGGCGCUGGAGGCCGUCGAGCGCCACUGCGCCGUGCAGCUCGACCGCGCCAACGCCGCCGUCCUCCGCGGCACCAAGUACAAGGGCGUCCCGCAGGCGCCCGUCAUCCGCACCCCGCUGCCCGGCGGCGCCCCGCCGCCGCCCGCCGACGGCGACUCUCCGCUGCCGCCCUUCCCCUUCCCGCCCGCCGCCGCCCCGCCGCCGCCCGCCGCCCCGCCGGCGUCCCGGCCGGCCGGCCCCACCACGCCGCGCUGGAGCAUCCGCCACCGCUCCUACGUGGACCUGCAAGACUACCGCUGCUGCCGCGACUCGGCGCCCAGCCCGGUGCCGCGGGAGCUGGUGGUGACGGUGGAACUGCCGCUGCUGCGCUCCGCCGCCCAGGCCGCGCUGGAGAUCCGCGGCCGGGAGCUGCGCCUCGACUCGCAGCGUCCCGCCUACCGCCUGCGCCUCCGCCUCCCCUACGACGUGGACGAGAGCCGCGGGCGGGCCGCCUUCAACAAGGCCCAGCGGCAGCUCCUGGUCACGCUGCCCGUGCUGCCGCGGCCCGGCCCGCGGGAACCGCUAGGCCCGGGCGGGGAGCGGCUGGAGGAGGCCGACCCUGGUGCGGAGGGGCUGGGCGAGCCGCCGGCGGCUGAGGCGGGCGGCGGGGCGGCUCCUCCCCCGGGGCCCGGCGGCGGCGCUGCGGCCCGGAGCACGUGCGGCAGCGCGGAGCCUGCUGAGCGCCCCGCCGAGCCACCGGCGGGCGGCCACCCGCCGCCGCCCCGCUCCGGCGCCGCUUCCCCCGCUCCGAGCGCCAGCCCCGAGCCGGCCGCGGCGGGCGGCCUAGGCGGGGACGCCCCUCCGCGCCCUCCCGAGAGCCCGGCCCCGCCGGCGGCAGAGAGCAGCCCCGGCGACAUGGCUCUUCCCCCGGGCUGCGGCAGCCCCCAGGCCGCCGUGUGCCCUCCCUUCCAGUGCCGGCAGGAUGAGGCCUCCCUCACCCUGCUCCUGCGUGUGCCCGGCAUCCUGCCUCAGAGCCUCAGCGGGGCCGUGGGCACGAACCACUACAGCCUCCGCUUCUCCAGUGACACUGGUGCCUAUGCCCUCUUCUUACAGUUUCCUCCCGCAAACAGGCUGGCGUCCCCCGAGACCAGCGUUAGCGUGUCUGCCCACAACGCUGCCAUCGGGCUCGCCAAGGCCCCCGGCAGCACCGGGCCCUGGGAGAAGUUCUGCUUCGGCCUUGACGCCUCUGCUCUGCAGGAAAGAUUGUUUGUCAGUGAAGAAAACGUUGAUGGAUUUCUAGGCGCUGUUUUAUGCCCUUCCUUUUGCUCCCAAUCAGCACUGGAAAGUCAGCCACUAAUUGAAGUGCUUGAUGUUACUGAGGACAGAAUUCAAAUCAGGUUGAAGCCGCAGGAAGCGGUCCAUUCCGAACGGGAUGGAAAAGAAGAAACGCUUAGCCGCUCAGGAGGAGAUCUCGCUGAAAAGACAAACGGCAACUACCCCCAAACAAAGGCAGAAACAAACGGUACCGCAGCAGACGCAGUCGAAGGAGAACGUGCUAUAGAAACCAACAAAACUUCCACGUCUUUUGCAACAGCUGAAACAAUAGGAAAAGUAGGUUGUAGUUCACACCAUUGUUUGCAGCAUGAACCUUCUGACACCAGUUCAGCGAUUCCUGGCGAAUCUGGGAGAAAGGAACCAGAUUUAGAAAGCGCCGUCACAGUAGGUGACACGGCCGUGGCCGCAGACUCUGAAAAACAAGCAGGCCUUCUGCGGGAGGGGCAGGCGGCAGCGGGAGGGGAUGAAGUGGCUGCGCCCGCAGGGUCGGCGCAGGGGAGCGGGCGCAGCUGGGACGGCAGACCAGCCUCCCCAGUUCUCCAAGAAGUGAACACGCGGGAUGGGAGCCUGCAGAUCAUUAGGGAUCACGUAACGCACUGCCCGAUCGCAUUUCAGAAUUCUUUGCUGUAUGAAUUGGACUAG